GAGGCGCACACUGCUGCUGGACUUUCACUCUUCUCUCGCCUGCUACCCCGCGAACACCUAGCCUCUUCGCCCUCGGCUCCCCCACCCAGGAUCAUGGACGUGAAAGUGGUAGCCUUGGUGACCUUGCUGGUGGCAACUCUUGCGCUCUCCGAGGGAAAACCGCUCAGUCUGAGCUACAGAUGUCCCUGCAGAUUCACUGAGAGUAAUGUAGCCAAAGCCAACAUCAAGCAUCUCAAAAUCCUCAACACACCCAACUGUGCUCUCCAGAUCGUGGCAAGACUGAAAAACAACAGCAGACAAGUAUGCAUUGAUCCCAAAUUAAAAUGGAUUCAAGAAUACCUGGAGAAAGCUUUAAACAAGGGGCGCAGACAAGCAAGAGUGGGGAAAAAAGAAAAGAUAGGAAAAAAGAAGAGAGAGAAGAAAAGAAAGGCUGCUCAAAAAAGGAAAAACUAGUUGCCCAUUGCUGCCCUGGAAAGAUGGAUCCCCCAACCCCUACAAUAUGCUCUGAUAUUUAUCCUCGGCGUUUUGUAAGCUUGCUCUAACCUCCCACACAAGGCUGC